AGUCUGCACGUAAACAAACAAAAAACAUCAAACCAAACAGACUCGGGGCAGUGCGAUUAUCGAACAUGAUGAACGGGGAGCUGCGGGAGCCUCUUUUUCCUCCACACACGCGGGGUUAGAGCGGUGUGAGAGAUGAUUUAGACACUUUAAUUCCCACGUUUGCGCUCUGUUUUGGUGUUGUUAGUAUCGUAGCUUGUGUGUUUUCACUUCUCCUUCUGCCGCAUCAUGGAGCAAACCAACAGUGUCAACGCGGAUCCUGCUCCCACCUCUGACCGAUGCACCAAAGGGAGAAACUGGACUGGUUUUUGGGUGCUGGGGCUGUGUAAUAACUUUGCGUACGUGGUGAUGCUGAGCGCCGCACACGACAUUCUGAACAAGCAGGAACACGAGAACUCCACCUCAUCUGCGUCCGUCACUUCUGCACAUGGCCUCCAGGCUGGAAACAGCAGUAAUAGCAGCGUGUACGACUGCAACCCCACCUCCACCGCGGCGGUGCUGUUGGCGGAUAUCCUCCCCACUCUCUUCAUCAAGAUGCUCGCUCCGUUCGUCAUCCAUAGAUUCCCAUAUGGGUAUCGUAUCCUGUUCUGUGCGCUGACGGCUGCUGCGAGUUUCUUCAUGGUGUCCUUCUCCUCUGCUCUUUGGAUGAGCUUCCUGGGUGUGAUUCUGGCCAGUAUCAGCUCAGGACUCGGGGAGGUGUCCUUCCUCGCACUCACCGUCUACUUCGACAGGGAUGUGGUGGGGGGCUGGGGCUCUGGUACCGGGGGGGCCGGAGUGAUGGGGGCUGUUCUCUACUCUGGACUCACUCAGCUCGGCUUAACACCACGAGUCACGCUGCUCAUCAUGCUCGUUAUACCGGCAGCCAUGGUACUCAGUUACUUCUUCCUGCUGGUGCCUCCUCCGUCUAUGCCCCAGUGGAGCACGAAGGACCCCCCGUGCGCAAGUCUGUGUUCAGAGGAGACGCAGGGGCUGAUGGACUCCGCAGAGGACGAGGACGAGGACAGAACCGCACCCGGGAGAGCUGUGAUGGUAAAAGGACCUCUGAGUUUCACUGAGAAGAUCCAGGUGUUGAAGGGCCUGUUGAAGUUUAUGAUUCCUCUGGGGAUGGUCUACUUCGCAGAGUACUUCAUAAACCAGGGAUUGAUGGAGCUGCUGUACUUCCCUGGCAUUUUCCUGUCUCACGCUGAACAAUACCGCUGGUACCAGACCCUGUACCAGGUGGGAGUGUUCGUGUCUCGCUCGUCUCUGUGCUGCUUUAAAAUCCGUCAGCUCUGGCUCUUCGCACUGCUGCAGAUACUAAACACCGUGCUGCUGGUGUUCGCCGUGGCGUUCCGGUUCAUUCCCUCCGUUUGGAUAGUUUUCGCCAUUAUCCUGUACGAGGGUCUUUUGGGAGGGGGCGGCUACGUCAACACAUUCUACUUCAUCAGCAAAGAGACGGAGGAGCGUCACCGUGAGUUUGCCAUGGCUUUGGCCUCUGUGGGCGACACGAUGGGCAUCUGUCUGUCCACCGCACUGUCCUUCCCUGUCCACAACUACUUCUGCUCCCUCUGACCUGGAGUAUAAGUACUUCUGCUCCCUCUGACCUGGAGUACAAGUACUUCUGCUCCCUCUGACCUGGAGUACAAGUACUGCUACUGCAUCUGACGCAGUCUACAAGUACUACAACUACUUCUACUGUCUCUGACCUGGUCCACAAGUACUACAAGUACUUCUACUCUUUCUGACCUGGUCUACAUGUACUUUUACUCUUUCUGACCUGGUCUACAUGUACUUUUACUCUUUCUGACCUGGUCUACAUGUACUUUUACUCUUUCUGACCUGGUGUACACAUACACUGCAGUCUCUGACCUGGUGUACAUGCACUUCUACUAUUUUGACCUGGGCUACAAGUACUUCAGCAGCAUUUAAUCUGAUCUAUACGAACUUCUACUGCAUCUGACCUGGUGUACAAGUACUUCUACUGCAUCUGACCUGGUGCACAUGUACCUCUACUGCAUCUAACCUGGUCUACAAGUACUACAACUACUUCUACUGCAUCUGACCUGGUGUACAUGUACUGACUUGCUCUAAAGUACAUGUACUCUCAUUAACCUGACCUACAAGUACUUCUUCUGUUUUUAACCUGGUCCACAAACAUUUUUACUGUCUCUGACCUGGUCCAGAAGUACUGACCCGGUCUACAAGUACUUUUACUCUCUCAGACCUGGCCUAAGUAUUUCUACUUUGACCUGGUGCACAUGUACUUUUUCACUUUAACUGACCAAAACUGACAGUCGAUGUACAGAUAAUACUGUACAGCUGAAGAUGACUGACGGUUUUAACAUUUUAUUUUUAUUACACAUAGUUUUAUGCAGAUUAUAUUUGACUAAGUUGGUACAAAUAUCAUCUUAUUUGUUUGGUCUUUGAGUGAGGGUUAAUAUAGUAACAAAUGUCCUCAUAUUUCUACUUAUUUGAAAUGAUAAAAAUGCCCAAAACAUUUUUAUUUACUAUUCUGAAUUACCCAUUUACACUUUGGUUUAACAUUAACUCCACCAAAUGAUUUGAAAAUAAUGUAAUAGAUCUUGUGUGUCACUUUGAACUCAUUCUUAUCCUGAUUUUUACAGUUUUAAGUAGUAUUUUUAAACUAGUGUGUGAUGAAGGACCAAAGUGCCUUAACUGUGAAUUAUUAUCUUUUUUUCUUUUUUUAAUCUUGUAAAUGUGCUGCUACUGUUACAUUCUAUAUCAACUCACAACAUUGACUCGUCUUUGGCUUCGAUCACGUUUCGUUUCACGUAAGUUCUGGUUUAGACCUGGUUUAGUCCUGGUUCAGCUCUGGUUUAGACCUGGUUUAGUCCUGGUUUACACCUGGUUUAGUCCUGGUUCAGUUCUGGUUUAGUCCUGGUUUAGUCCUGGUUCAGUUCUGGUUUAGUCCUGGUUUAGACCUGGUUCAGUUCUGGUUUAGACCUGGUUUAGUCCUGGUUCAGUUCUAGUUUAGACCUGGUUUAGACCUGGUUUAGACUUGGUUUAGUCCUGGUUUAGACCUGGUUUAGACCUGGUUUAGUUCUGGUUCAGUCCUGGUUCAGUUCUGGUUUAGACCUGGUUCAGUUCUAGUUUAGACCUGGUUUAGUCCUGGUUUAGACCUGGUUUAGUCCUGGUUCAGCUCUGGUUUAGACCUGGUUUAGUCCUGGUUCAGCUCUGGUUUAGACCUGGUUUAGACCUGGUUCAGUUUUGGUUUAGACCUGGUUUAGACCUGGUUUAGACCUGGUUCAGUUCUGGUUUAGACCUGGUUUAGUCCUGGUUUAGACCUGGUUUAGUCCUGGUUCAGUUCUGGUUUAGACCUGGUUUAGUCCUGGUUCAGUUCUGGUUCAGUUCUGAUUUAGGUAGUUCUGUUUUUUUUUUUUUUGUUUUUUUUACAAUAAAUCCUUAAAACUCCAAAGUAAAACUCCACCUUACGUGAAAUAAUCUGAGUUUGUUAAAAGUGCUGCUAUUGCGAGAGUGAGACUGGUGCACGACGACAAUUCUAACAAAUGAUUGGACAAGAAAUACAGAAAAUUAUAUCUGUAAAUUUGACUAAUAAUCCGUUUAUCCUUUAUUUCUAUUGCUCGGUGUAAGUGAUCCUGUUGUGAAGGACAAGUACAAGAGAAAAUUGUACGGGAUUCUGUCUUUUUGUGUUAGAAAAAGUCGACUAGACUCCCUCUGAAACUCAAGGGCAGGAGGUGGUUCUUGGUUUACAGUAUUUUUAAAAAGACUUGGGAACCUUUUUUUGAUGUAUACUGGACUUGAGAUCUGAGCUAUUAUGAAUAUUUACAUUCUGAACUGGGUGUAUCUGUGUUUAAUAAAUGAAUGGGUCAAUGUUG